CCGCUACUACUCAUGCACAUGCAGAGAAAUCCCAUAACGUGAGGGGCACACACGGAGGGGCACAGCCAGCACACCGGAGGACUAGCUAGUUGUUUUGCUGCUGCCCGUGUACUGUUUACUCGCGCCUUUAUUUAUAUCCAUGCAUCAAGUCUUGUUUGACAGCGACACGUAGUAUUGUUUCACAGCGUCUUUAAUUCACCAAGUGUUGGGACUUGAAGCGAGCGAUGUCGGAGGAGGACUGGGUGGCAACAAAAACAACAGGGCGCGCUGCUGUCCCGUUAGCAUCGCAACGACCUCCAGUCCACGUUGUCUAACCCGAGUACACCCGUCCACGCCUCCUGUUCAAUCCAGUCGAGACUCGUUCUGAGGCCCACUGUGAUGGCCGAGGAGGACCCCCAGCAGCAGCAGCCGGACCGCGGGGCUAGGAGCCUGCCCGGCCUGCUCACCGGGCUGCAGGGCGCUGAGGCCAGUGCUCUGCAGCUCAGGAUCAAGAACUCCAUCUGCAAAUCUGUUCAAUCAAAAGUGGAAAACAUUCUGCAAGAUGUGGAGAAGUUCUCAGACAUUGAAAAACUCUACCUCUACCUUAAGUUGCCUGCUGGUCCGAGCAGUAGCAUUGAUAAAAGUGACCAGAGCGCCCUGUCAUCAAGCCGCACACAACAGAUGCAUGCGUUCAACUGGAUCCGCCAUCAUUUAGAGGAAUACCCAGAGACGUCUCUUCCCAAACAGGAGGUCUAUGAUGAAUACAAGAGCUUCUGUGACAAUCUGAACUAUCAUCCACUGAGUGCUGCAGACUUUGGAAAAAUGAUGAAAAAUGUCUUCCCAAACAUGAAGGCGCGUCGACUUGGCAUGAGAGGAAAAUCAAAAUAUUGCUAUAGUGGACUGAGGAAGAGGCUCUUUGUUCACAUGCCAUCUUUACCCACUCUGGAUCUCCAUAAAACAGGGGAUGAGCUCCAGUGUGAUGUCCUCGAGUCACCGGGCCAGCUUAGCAGCAUAAAGGAGGACGUGCGAUUUGUAGCCUGUGAUCUGGUGUGUGAGUGGGCCCAAAAGGUGCUGAAACGCCAGUUUGAUGCCGUGGAAGAAUUGGCUCGUUUCCUCAUCGACAGCCAUUACAUCAGCAACAAGUCUCUGGCAGCUCUCACCAUUAUGACCGGCACAGCAACAGAGGUUAAGCCUCCACAGAUGGUCUCAGCCUUUGUCCCCACUGCUGAGGCUCACUCCUUCCAGCCUCAUGUGAUGACCCUGUCCUCACCUUCUGUGGAUGCAAAGCAGCAGCUCCAGAGGAAGAUCCAGAGGAAACAACAAGAACAGAAGCUGCACUCUCCAUUACCUGGAGAGGGACAAACCAAGAGGGCAGAUGACAGAGUGCCUUGUGCCAGCCCCACCCCUCCGUCACCUCAGCCAACCAUAGGCAUCAUGGUCGCUGCUGUCCAGAGCCCUAUCACGGUACAAAGAAGCAGGCAGCUGAUGUCCCCCAGUCCAAUGGGAACAAUAGAGAGCAAAAUGCUGCCUAUUAACUUCCAAAUGGUGACCCAGCCACUUCAGGCAGUGAACCAGAGCCCCAAAACCCCGCAAAAUAUUCUAGCCAGUCCAGUGGGAGAACGCACUGCUCGGCAGCGCUACGCGCAGAUCCUGCCCAAACCGGCGACCACAACUGCUGUCACCUUGCGCUCGCCCUCCACCAUGAUCAUUGGCAACAGCCCUGUUAAGACUGUGAUGACUACUUGCCAUGUCAGCCCAGUCAGUUUGGUCAAGAUGACAGCCAUAUCUCUUGCGCCCAACAGCAGCAAUACCACCACUUCCUUCACAAAAGCCCCUCUGCGGCCGGCAUCCGCAGGCACUAGUACUUCUGCAGCUGCAGAAAACUUCAGUUCCAAUCAAAGCAUUAGGAGUACCUCUGCAGUCCCCAUUCUGACCCCAAUGGCAAGGCCUGGGCAGACUACUAACAAUCAUGCCAUCGAUGUUGAAUUGGAAGUUGAAGCUAUACAUAAAAACAGGCAAAUGCAAAAUCCUGGCACUCUAGUUUUCACUCAAGAACCAAUGGCAAAUAGGACUGGCGGGGCUUUACAGAGGGCUGCCAGUGUGCCCAUACCUCAGUCUAAAGGCUUCCUGGGUCUAGAGGAGACAUCCAGGACUAAUUGCAACAGAAAGUCCUCUUUAAACACUGUGGCUGCUGUCCAAAAUUGCAAUAACGGCGCUAAUAAUACAAGCACUAUGCACUUAACUCCCUGCACUCAGAAUAUCAGCGCUGUUUCUUUACUGGACACCAACAUACCACCGUCUUUUGUGGAAAGCAGCAGUGUAACAGCAGCAAAGGAAGGUUUCUUGUCCACUAAGAGCCUCAGGAAACGUUCAGGCCUCAGUCCAGACCUUUCUCCAAUCAAAAGGGUUUUUAUGCCCCAGCAGCCAGAGCUAGAGGGCGCUGCUGGUCUUGGAUAUGGGAUAAGAAACUUGGUUGGGAACAUCCUCAGGCCAGGAGCUCCAACUAGACCUGAAAGUGCACCAGUUACCAGGGAGGUAGAGAUGAAAAUUAGCUCUCUUCCAGUCCACACACACUGGACUUCUUCUUUCAGAGCCAGUGACUUCUUCUCUGUUGCCAAAACACAGAGCUCAGUACAGAGGACAGACCCUUCCUCUGUUAUGGAAACUAGCACCUCACUUAAUCAAGCAUUAAUGCAACAACGGCAGGGGCACACAAUGGCUAACGUGCAUGCCAUACCUAAUAACUCCGGCCUACAAACACAUUCAGGUCUGAGUGAUUUUAGGAGUUCAGCCACAGGGAGCCUGGACCCUCAACAACAUACCUACACUCAGUCCAACCUUGUUACUGAACACUUUAUGAAUCAAGCUUCAUCGUUGAGCCAGCUUCCUAUGCAGACUGAUAUGGAUUACUGUCCCUUUGAUGAUGAUGUGACUCAGGACAGCAUUGUGGAGGAGCUGGUGCAGAUGGAGGAGCAGAUGAAAUUUAACAACCAGCAAAAGUUUGGAGACUGUGUCACAGUGCAAAGCCAACAGGCUACGAUGCCGGACAACAUGAUGUCCACCAAUCAGACCAUGACUGCUUUCUAUCAUGCUGCAAACAGCCACAGCAACCCGAUGCAAACUCCAACACCAACGCCCACACCCACACCCACACCCACGGAAAUGAUGGGAGGAGCCCAAGGCAUCUCCGGAGAGAGCCCUUUCUCCCGUAUUGCCUCCACAACCCCAGUGGACAGCGUACUGGGAAACAGUCGUCACACCCCAGUUGGUACACCUCACUCCAACUGCAGCAGCACUGUGCCUCCCAGUCCUGUGGAGUGCAGAAACCCGUUUGCAUUUACACCCAUCAACUCCAGCAUCACUGGUUUCCAUGAUGGCAGCACCGUUUCCAGCAGCCCGGUUAAGCCCAUGCAGAGACCGAUGGCCACCCACCCAGACAAGACCCGGCUGGAGUGGAUGAAUAACAGUUACAACAGCAACAGCGGGAGUCUAAACAAGUCCAACAAUGGAAUUGGAAUCCUGCCAAGCUAUCAAGGCCUGAUAGGUGAUCAUUUUCAAAAGCCUCACGCCUUUGCCGUCCCUCAUACAAGGCACCAUGACAGCCAUUUUGGCCGCUUGACUCCCAUCUCGCCUGUGCAGCAGCAGGUAGCCAGCAUGACUAACAUGGCCAAGCAGGAGGGCUUUGCUGUGCCUGCCCCUCUGGAUAACAAAGCCACCAACACACCUGCUACAACCUUUCAAUGUCGCAGUGUAAGCCCCGCCGUGCAUCAGAGGAACUUGGGUGGAAACACAGGGAACCCUCCCCAUAUCCCUCGUUCAGUAGUGUCUCCCUUUAACUCUCCUGUUACUCCUGAGAUGUUAAACAUCUUUGUAAACAGCCAGACAAAUCUUGGCGUGAGCAGCAUGGCUCAGAGGAGCCAUUCUGUGCCGCUCAACAUCAUGAUGCAAACUGAGGUCCGGCACACGUCGGGGCAACAAUGCAACAGCAAAAACAUCACCAAUGUCCUUUUGAGCAAGCUGGAUGGGGACCAUGACGACACUAUUCGGGGUCUGGGCAUUAAUAAUUUACCCUCCAGCUACACUGCACGCAUGAACCUCACCCAGAUCCUCGAGUCUGACCCAAACCUCUCCUGCAGUGACAACCAUCUCACCCUGAUGACCUCAGAUUCCACCAGCACAUGCAAGUUGCAGAGGCCAAAUUACCUCAUUGAAAAUACAAUCAAUGAACAAAUAAUCCUUGCAGCAGCUGACAGCCGAGUACAGUCAGCUUCUAGAGAGCAGCAUCAACAACAGGCGCAGGCUAUGUUGCUAACUUUGAGCUCACAGCAGGAUCAAGAAGAACUACAGCAGCAGUUGGAUUUCAGCACCACUGUGAAAGACCUCUUGACAGACAACAGCCUUACUGCUGGCAGUCAGCUCAUGGACCAGGUGUCAGAGCUCACCACAGGUGCGGCAGAUUUCCCCUGUGAAAUCAGAAUGGCGUCAGAGCUCUCCAGUAGCAUCAAUGACCUUAACGCAUUGGACACAGACCUUCUGUUUGACCCCAACCAGCAGCAUGGGCAAUAUCAAAAUGCUGCUGCGGAUGAGUUGGUGAAUGAUGCGCUGUUUCAGCAAAUUACCAGCGAGACGGCACAUUCAAGUGGACUUGACUGGCUCGAAAGCAAAGAUCAUCCAACUGUUGGGUUGAUGGGGUGAGAAUAGUUUUUUUUUUAUAGUCAUGUUGAACAUGUUCACACCGUUUGUUUUAUUUAUUUUCAGGCAUUUACACUUUAUAAUGUAACACUAAACACAUUGAUGUUUGUCCAGGUUAAGUGCCAGGUUGAAAUGCAAUGAUGCUGCAACCCUCUGAUUAAAAUGCUGGUCAUUUCCCUUUAAUCAGAAGACAUCGCCUCACGUUGUUUGAUCAAGAGCAUUUCCAACAAGUAAACAAAGGUUACUGAACAAAAAACUGUUUUUUUAUGUUCAAUAUUUUACUGAAAAGUCAGUGGGUAAAUCAGAGCCAUGGAUUUCUUAUUGUAAAGAAAUGAAACAUAAGUAAUACGCCUUUUUCAAAAGGAUUUCUUUCAUCAUUGUGUCUAAAUCUUUUAACUACAGGCAUUAUCAAACUAAAGUGUAAGGGGAAAAUGUCUAAAUAUAUUUACUGCUGAACUAAUAAUAUUUCAUAAUUGAAAACACAGAUUCAUUGAGAAAAAACCUGGAAGUAUUAAGAGUUAUCUUUGCAGGAGCUUUAAAGUUUUAAGCGCAUUUUCCCAAAGUGAAAAAUAUAUUUACAACAAGACAUGUUAAAAAGUGUACACUCAGUAUAUAGAAAUAUAAUGUUGUGACAGAAACAUCUAACCAAUUUCAUCCCAAAAAAAGCCAUGUAAUAUAUUCUUACAAUGUUCUAGAGUUGGCAUGGAGCAUAUAACAGGAUGUGGAUGAUUUUAAAAUAAUAAACGCAGUAGUGUUACUUUCGUUAAUGAUGGUUCACUUUGAUGGAAUACAUGAAGAGUAUCUGUUAUAUUUAAAUACAAAAUCGUAAAAGUGAUAAAUGUCUUAACUGUCCAUUUAUCUGGUUUUCAGAUCCACAUUUUCAAGCUUUGAGAUGUUAUUCUUUUAUAUAAGGUCUUCCUGACAAUCAUCACAGACUUUGUGCCUCUCAGAAUGAGCCAAUCGAUUUAAAGAGUCAAGUCAACGUUUCAUCUCUUAAUCAUCCCCAAAAUCAAACAACUCUUUCGAUAUGGAGCUCAGACAGCUUGAAGAUGGUGAUAUCGAUAAUAUAAUUAGGACUCUUAUGCACUUUGUUUUGUUUUCAAGCCACAUUUUGCAAAAGUUUGAAUUUACAUGCAGAAUAUGUUUUUAUUCAUCUUAAAUCCAUAGAUAUAUUAGAAAACCAAGCAGUGAAAGAUGAGAGCUUAACUCUUAACCACUGUUAGAUAAAAAGUGAAAUAAUUUAUAAAAUAAUCCAUUUACCCUAAGAAUCCAACUAAACCCCAUGAAUGUGGGUUUCUGCACUUUUAAAGUAUGAUUCUUAGAUAAAAGAAGAAUUAUGGAACAUUGUUUUAGCCAUUUUCCUUAGCACUCAGAAAAUGCAUUAUUUGUAUUGUGUGAAAAUUAUAUUGAGUGAACAUAAUAUGGACUAGGUAAAUGAAAAUGAGCAGAAAUGAACACUAUUUCAAAAAAACUUGAACAAGUUUGUUUUCAUGCAGCACUGACAAUCUGUAUAACUUGUGUUUCUUUGCAUAAAUGCACUGUUUGGUUUGGAUGAUGAAGGAACAGGUUUUGCUGCAGGGCCCAUGGAUUUCAAUCAGCAGGUCUAACAGCUAAUUACUGAUCAAAUGUGAAAGUCUUCUUUGAGAUUAAACUCACAGGGGGUCCCUGAGGGUUUUGGUUUCUGAGCCUUGUGUCCAUACCAAAGACUAACUUUUAACUAUAACCUGCACUAAGAUCUCGGAUGACAUACUUAGUUGUGUUUUCUAACAGCCAUAACAAAUAUAUUCUGUUAAAUAGUUCUUUAUCAGGUCAGUGUUAAGGAGUUAUUUGUUGUCAUUGUUGAUGCUUUUGUUUUUUGUUUUUUUUAUGGAGGCAAAAAAAAACAACCUGUAAUUGAUCCUAUUUCUCUGCCAUCGUUCUGUGUUUUUCGUUUUUACUAUUUAUUUAAAGUGUGUUGUUUGUACAGAAGAUGUAAUCUUGCAAACCGUUCAAUCUUGUAAAUUCACAAUAAUCUGACCUGCACUGUUAUGAUGUUGUGUAGCAUAUGUUUCAUGGCAUAAUACCACAUAUCAGUUACAUUACUAGGUGAAUAAUGAGAACGUGUAACAGAAUUUAGAUUUCAAACUCUUUCAGAACUGGAUUUUGGCAGAACGUUAUCCCAGAAAAUAUUUGCACACACAAAUGCAGCACAUUGAAUCUCUUUCAGUGAUUUGAAUUGACAGUUGUUUUAUACAUUUUAGAAAACUUUAAUUUCUGUAAAAGCAGAUUAUAUCAUUUUAAUAUCUUUUGUGAGUUUAACUUAAUAUUGAACAAUUUGGACAAAUGUUUAUUUAUGUUGUAGUUCUCUUUACUGUGUCUGUGAAAACAAACAAAGCAUUUAUUUGGUUCACACUGAUGUUUGUGUUUGAAGAAGACUUUACCCUUCCCCUUGUUAAAAGUGGUACUGAGCUGUAGAAACGCCCUCUACUGUUAUGUUGCUGGUGUCAGUGUACAGGGGAUUUUUUGUUGUUGUUGCAUUUUAGCAAGUGCUUUUAUAAGGGGGAGUGCUUGUUGAUACUGGUUUUUCAAGACUUUUUAAAACUAAUAAACAUUUUUAAGUACA